CCUUCACUUGAGAUUCCCGUCCCGUCUUCAUAUCGCCUCAUCAAAUCACUCAAUCCGUCUUCAGUUUUCCUAAGAACUGAAAUAUUAGUUCACAUACAGUCCUUAACAAGGAAAUUGGUUUUUCAAAAAGCUGUUGAAAAAUCUUGCCACGGCGCAUCAUCAGAAUGGCACCAAGGACUCGAGGCCAAGUAGCAAGGGAGAACUCCCCCGAAAAGGCUGCUGCCGCCACUCCCGCAAAGGCACCUCGUCCAACAAAAGCUGCGGCCAAGAAGAACACCCCCAGGAAGACUGCCUUGAAGAGGGCCGCUGAGAUUGUAGAAACUGAGCAGGUGGAGGUUGAGAGCACGGUUCAGACACCCUUGAAGGAGUCAUCGACAGAAUCAUCCGUCUCGGCCAGGAGGAUCAAACAUGUCGAGAUCGAGAUCCCCAUUCCAACAUCAACUACCAAGGCCCAGGAUCCUGAUACAACAAUGGAGGGAGAAUCGCAACUGUUCCAGACCCCGACUGAGCAGCCGCGGGGAAAGCGCAUCACAUUCGACGAUAGUGAGCAGGAGGAGUUUGUCACGCCAAGAGAAGCACCGGAUGUCAACCCGUUGGAAGAGAGGCUGAAUGAGAAGAAGGAACAGCAGGGGCAGAGUGAUGAAGAUUCGGAAGAGGAGGACAGUGACGAUGAAGCUCCUGAGGCGGUCUCUACCCAUGCGGCUCAGGCCAAGUCUUUGGAGGCUGAGAAGGCUGCUCAAAAAGCUGCCGAGCAGCAAGCUGCUGCGGAGAAGAAGAGACGCCAAGAGCGCGAUGCCAUCCUCAAGGAGCAAGCAAAGUCCAAGAAGCGUGCCGCCAAGAAGGUUGAGCAACCGAGCGAGGACGAAGCCGAGUCAGAGUCUGAAGAGGAAGCUGCGGGAGCAUUGGCCGAGAAGAGGAAGCGGGAGAUCCCGAAACUGCUUCCCCUUGAGCUUUUGGAGUCUGACGACGAAGACGACGAGGUUCCCCGGAGGUCAGAUUCGGCCGAAGGAGCCAAGAGGAGAAAGGUUGUCCGUGAGGCCAAGGGCCCCAAGGACGAGAAGGUCGGUUCGACAGUGUUCAGAGUUGUGCCGAACAACACAAACCAGAGCCUGGCGCCCAAGGUGAAGAGGCAAGCGUUGAACCUCAAGGAAACCCUCCUGCUCCGAAACAGGAAGCCGCAAGUAAAGGGCGGGUUUUUUAGGCGGUAAUGUGCAGAUCGUGAGGGAGAACCGAGGAAGUGAAAGGACGAGGCGGACAAUUUACACGUGUACACGAUACUAUCUCAUUUCGCUGGUGAUCAACAAAUACCUAGCUCACCCAAGAGCCGAACGGACGAGCGGACAGGAAGUUGACACAACAAGCACUCCAGCGUCAUUAGUCGGACGCAGGUACAGCGAUCCACAACUGGAUGGAGAUAUGACGACACACAAGGGUCCCAGUUAAUGAUACCAAACCAGCCAAAAGUAAACACACCUACCUUUAGCCGAGUCCCGUCUUCUUGAGGAUUGUUUCGUGAAAGUGGUGUCAUUUGCUUUUGAACAGAAAGCAUUAUGAGAUAUGCUGAGAAGUGGUGUCAUAUGA